AUGGGGCUUAUUGAGAAACAGAAUCGAGAGAUGAAGGAACGCGCACGCGAGAACUUCAAGCCAUACACUGAGAAGGAAAAGGCAGCUCUUGCGGCGAAAUAUACCCCAGAGCAAAUCGCGGCAAUCGAAGCAGGAGAAGCAGCCAUUGAUCCAGUAGAUAUGAAUGAGGGAGGUGUUAUAAGAUCAGACUGGGGGACUCUUGAUUAUCUCGAUGAUUUCAGUACGAUGAGAACCAUGGUGGACAGGAACUAUUUCAACCAGGAUGGACCGAAAGACCCAAACGCGAGGAUGAUGACCGAGCAAGAAUCCAUGGAGGCAAACCACGACUUUCUUAAAAAGAUAUACGAAGAGAACCCAUUGCCAGAGGACUACAAUCCGGAAAAUGAGGAGCACGUUGCGAAGCUUCGCCCAAAUAGGAAGGAUCUGUUACGAUCGUUCGACGAAGUGCCUUCUUCAAUGGGAACUCAUGGCCCGAUAAAGGAACCGUCCUUGAUGGCGCCUGGUAUUCCGAUAGACAUCGAGUCGGAGCUUGACCAGUCGGAAGUUGUGAAGAAGAAGGUCGAAACACAGGAAGAGGAGGAUACUAGAGAUCCAGAUGGUGUAUAUGACCGUUUCCGCAAGCAAACUGGCUUGACGCUAGACGAAAUCCUCAAGCUUAAUUGCAAGAUUCUUGUCCAGCAUAAUGUUACCAACCAAACGCGAUUAGGAAAGAUACAAAGCGUCUACGCUCUUGCGAUCUCCGGCGACGGGGAUGGAAGAUUGGGGAUUGGCGAAGCAAAAGGGCAGGAACCAUUAGAUGCUAUGAACAAUGCGAAGAUGCAGGCCAUGAAAUCCAUGCAACCUAUACCGAGAUACGAAGAGCGCACGAUAUUUGGUGAUGUAGAGGGUAAGGUGUCUGCUGUAAAGGUCCAGCUUAUGAGCAGACCGCCAGGAUUUGGGCUUCGUUGCCAGCAUCUGAUUUUCGAAAUGGCACGCGCAGCCGGACUUCAAGAUCUUGCCGCCAGAGUCCCACGAUCUCGUAACAAGAUGAACACCGUAAAAGCAGCAUACCAAGCCUUGAUGAAGCAGCGAAUUCCAGAUCAGAUAGCGCGGGGACGAGGAAAGAAGUUGGUGGAUGUAAGGAAAGUGUAUUAUGGUGGCCGAAAUUAG